AUUAAAAUGUCAACAUAAUUUGUCAACACUGUUUUGUUAUUUUGUUUUGUAUUACAUUUUGUAUAAAAUAUGUCUACUCGUUUAUCAUUUGGCGAUGAAGGCGCCCAAACAAACAGUAUACCCCGUAUCAUGACGUUUCGCCCAAGCUACGAGGAGUUCGUCAAUUUCGCCGAGUAUAUCGAAUACAUUGAAUCACGUGGAGCACAUAAAGCUGGCUUGGUUAAAAUUAUUCCGCCCGUGGAAUGGAAGCCGCGUCGGUCAGGCUAUGAUAUUGAGAAUAUAAAUAUGACAAUACCAGCGCCAAUAUGUCAGGUCGUAACAGGGGCUCAUGGCGUUUAUCAGCAAAUCAAUAUACAGCAACGCCGUCAGAUGACACUGCGACAGUUUAUGGAGAAGGCCAACUCGGAGCUGCAUCAAACUCCAAGGCACUUCGAUUACGAUGAUCUGGAGCGCAAAUACUGGAAGAAUAUCACAUAUAUAUCGCCGCUAUACGCAGCCGAUGUGAAGGGCACGUUGAGCGAUGAAGAUUUGAGUGUGUGGAAUAUUGGCAGAUUAGAUACUAUAUUAAACCUGGUUAAUACGGACUAUGGCAUUGAAAUUGAUGGUGUUAAUACGGCAUAUCUAUAUUUUGGCAUGUGGAAGAGCUCGUUUGCAUGGCACACAGAAGAUAUGGAUCUGUACUCGAUAAACUAUUUACACUUUGGAGCCCCAAAAACUUGGUAUGCAAUACCUCCGAUCUAUGGCAGACGCUUAGAGAAGUUGGCGAAUGAAACCUUCGUGGAGAAUUAUCAGGAAUGCAAUGCCUAUUUGCGCCAUAAAAUGACCAUGAUUAGUCCCAAAGUCUUGCGUCAACAUAAUAUUCCUUACAAUAAGAUUACGCAAGAGGCUGGUGAGAUAAUGAUCACAUUUCCCUUUGGAUAUCAUGCUGGCUUUAAUCAUGGCUUUAAUGGUGCGGAGUCAACAAAUUUUGCUUCCAAGCGCUGGAUUGAGUAUGGCAAGAGGGCGAGCAUUUGUAGAUGUCGUAGCGAUAUGGUUAAAAUAUCAAUGGAAACAUUUGUCCGACACUUUCAACCCGAGCGCUACGACAACUGGUUAAAGGGCGAGGAUUACGGCUGCCAUCCCGAGGAGCCCGGCAAGAUCUGUGCUGCAGCGCCACCCACCAUCAAUGAGUAUAAAAUUACUCAAGAGAGCUCCCACCCAUCUAAAUCAAAAAAUUUGCAUCAACAGAAACGAGGCUGCUCCUUGGCAGAGGUGAAUGUCAACUCUGAUGUGGAUGCAGCGGUAGCGGCAGACGAGGAGGAGGAUAAGACGAGUGUGAGCAGUCGAAGCAGUUCUAAUUUAAAACAAGCUGUAGUCAAGCUGCGUAAGCUUCCCUCCGUCUUGCCAGUUGCUCAAUCUACAACGCCUGCGUCGACCAACAAAAAAUAUGACUUCAAUUCAAUUGCUGUGGUGCGUGUUAAGCGUCUAUGGAAUGCUCUGCCAUGUGAGAAACCAGGCACCAAUUUGCUGCCCAAUGGUGUUGUAAAGAAUACGAAACGUAUGCGUUUCCAGACAAAGGUGCUAACGUUGGAGGAUGAGGAUUAAUCGCGGGGCAUGUUACCUAAAGAAUAAAGAUGAAUUCUUAAAUGGGAGGAUCCCAAAUUGGUAUGCCCUGCAUGGUUGUACGACUUAAUACCAAGCUUAAGGAUACGGACCUAGGACUAGUUGCUGUUCAAGCAAAAAACUUACUUUUACUUUAAAAGAUUUGACGAUCUCUAUUGUUAAUAGUUUUAUAAGAAUGCCACAAUCAAAGAAAUACAUAAACAUACACCUACCUAUAGAAAUAAUCUAAGAAUAUAGACAUGUACCUAACAAAAUAGUUGUAUAUAAUAAAUGAAAGCUACCCUACUAA